CCACCACUCCAGUCCAGCAGUGUGUGUGCGGGAGCUUGUAGUGGGAACGUGUUGUCGGGCGCUCCGGCCUCCUUUAGCCCAACAUCUGUGGCUGUUCCAUCUCGUUCGUCCAUACCAGUGUCACGUAGCUGCCUGCCUACCUGCCACAGCAGCAGCGGUGGUACUAGUACUAGUGUGUUGUUCCUUCCGCACGUGGGAUUGAUCUCGUGCUUUCGAUGCCGUAAACGGGGAGGAAAUUGUGAGAGCGAAAACUCAGAGGGAGAGAGAGAGAGAGUGAGGGGAUAGAGAGAGAGAUAGCCGAUGUGUUAGUAGUGUUUGGAAGGCAGCGAGUGCGAGAGUGGCUUGCUGGUGGUACUAGUCUAGUGGCUGCCGUCGCAGGCAGAGUUGGGGUGAGAGAGAGAGAGAGUGUGUCUGUGUGUGUGUGUUAGUGCGUUCUUGCUGCCGGUUCUUUGAAAGAUACGCCCCAGCAGACCACACCGUCACCAGGUGAACGCUGUUACGACGACAACGCACGUGCUUUGGAAAAGAGAAAUUGAGAUAUAACGUCACAUCGUACUACAGGUGCUUUUUUGUCUCUUACGAGUGCAAGUGUCCUGUCCCGUCCUGAGUGUGUGACUGUGUGUGUGUGUGUGUGGUCCCGCCAAUGAAUUCGUGCACACACGCCUUUUUUUAGGAGGGGGUGGGAAUCCUGCUCGAUCUCCCCAGGACCGCCGUGCAGUGACCCCAGUGAGCCUAAAAGGACUGCAAACCAUCCUACAAUAGGAGAAGAAGAACUGAGGAAAGGAAUUUACGAACCGCUCUCCGUCUCCCGUGUCUGUUGGUGAAUACGAACUCGAAGCCCCUUUUUCUUCUUCAGACACACACCUGUUGGUGGCUCGUUGGACGACCAGCUGAUAGACAGCUCUUUAUCAACCUGCGCGAUUGAAAGAUCUCUACGAUUACGACCGCAGCUUCGACCCCUGGAGCUAUAGCAGCUUCGUCUGGAAGGAGGAAUUGGAAAGACGUGCAAAAGCAAGACCUACCCGCCGCUGAUGCCGAAGACCAGUAUCGUCAUCGUGUUCCACAACGAAGCCUGGUCCACGCUUCUCCGGACGGUCUGGUCGAUCAUCCAGCGGUCGCCAGCGGCGCUCCUCCAGGAGAUCUUGCUCGUCGACGACGCUUCAGAGAGAGAUUACCUAGGAGAGGAGCUGGAGAAACACGUCAAAACACUCCCGGUGCCCGUUCGAGUCCUGAGGACAGGUCAGCGUUCGGGACUGAUCCGCGCCCGGCUGCUGGGUGCCAAGCAGGUCAAAGGUCAAGUCAUCACGUUCCUGGACGCCCACGUGGAGUGCACGGAGGGGUGGUUGGAGCCCCUGUUGGCGCGCAUAGCUGAGGACAGAACUCGCGUGGUAUGCCCUAUUAUUGAUGUCAUAUCGGAUGAGACCUUUGAAUAUGUAACGGCUUCUGACAUGACCUGGGGCGGUUUUAACUGGAAAUUAAACUUCAGAUGGUAUCGGGUUCCUCAAAGAGAAAUGGAGAGACGCGGUGGUGACAGAACACAACCUCUCAGGACUCCAACCAUGGCUGGUGGAUUAUUUGCCAUCGAUAAGGAUUAUUUUGAGAAAAUUGGUCGAUAUGACGAAGGCAUGGAUAUCUGGGGUGGAGAGAAUUUGGAAAUGUCAUUCAGGGUGUGGAUGUGUGGGGGUACGUUAGAGAUCGCCACUUGCUCCCACGUGGGUCAUGUGUUCCGCAAGUCCACCCCCUACACGUUUCCAGGGGGCACAUCCAAAAUUGUUAACAAAAACAACGCGCGUCUCGCCGAGGUGUGGUUGGACGACUGGAAAGAAUUCUAUUACAGCAUUAACCCAGGAGCAAGAAGUGUCGAUUAUGGUGAUGUAAGUGCCAGACGAAAGUUAAGGGAGGAACUGAAAUGUAAGAGUUUCAGAUGGUUCCUUGAAAAUAUUUAUCCCGAGUCUCAAAUGCCAUUGGACUAUUAUUAUUUAGGGGAGAUCAUGCUCUCAGAAGAAAAGAAAUGUUUAUAUGCUGAUGGCAGUGACCAGUUAAAAUUAUCAGACUGUGGACGAAGUAGCUAUCAUCAGGUAUUUGCUUACACAAAACGACAGCAGAUUAUGUCGGACGAUAAUUGUUUGGAUGCAUCUAACCCAAGUGGUCCAGUAAAACUUGUUCGUUGUCACGGCAUGGGUGGCAAUCAGAUGUGGACGUACAAUGACCAGGAUGGUUCUAUUAGGCACGUAAAUUCUGGACGUUGUCUACAAAAGCCUGAUGCAAGAGAUGUUACACUACCUGUCUUGAAACCUUGUGAUGCGGCAGCAAGUCAACAGUGGGUUAUGAAAGGAUCAUUCAAAUGGCAAGCAAACUAAAAGGUCAUAUUUGAUAGUGGAUUGAAUGUAUAUUAUAAACUGACAAUAUGGAGUGUAAACUGUGCUAGUGAACACUGUAAAAGACAGUGGAUAUACUGCAUACAGAAUCUAGUGUCAGGGUCCCGGACCACAGUUAAGAAUAAGCUGCAAGAUUUAUUGCUUAAGGAAUUGUGUUAUGAACCCUUACACGAAGACAACAAAAGUUUACGUUAAAUUUGGAAAAUUUUAUUAGAUUUGGGUUGUGAAUUCAGUGUGUUGCUUUGCCACAUGGUAGUGGAUGGUAACCAUGCAAUUGUACUUAAUGUGGGUAAUUUAAUAUAUAAUGGAGAACUCUGACCAUGUAAGUUUUGCAACACAUAGAGUGAGAAUAAGUAUCUCAGUUCAGAGGUUUGGUACUAAGCGCAAACAAGUUUUAUAUCCAAGUUUGUAUCUGAAUAAUGUUUUAUUUAAGAAUUGUGAGUGUUACUACAGUUUAAACUUGUAGACUAAGCAUUAAUCGACAGAAAAUUUGAGAUGAAAUCUGAAGUAGAUGAAGUAUCAAAACAGAAUAUUUGAGAUAUAAUCUGAAAAUUUGAGAUGAAAUCUGAAGUAGAUGAAGAAUCAAAUCGGAAUAUUUGAAAUAUAAUCUGAAAAUUAAUCUGAAUAAAUUAAAAAUGUAUUUAGUGUAAAUAAUCUGAUUACCUUGUAACUUCCAGAAAUGUAUCUUCCUGUAUUUUCCCAGGUGUUGCAAACCAGUGCCUUCUACAGAGAAACAAAAUAAAAAAAAAAAAUUGCCAGAAGGUUUUGCUUUCUUAUCAAAAAUAUAAACGACACCUGGUUUAGAGGGCGUUCUUACCCAGUUGUUUGGCAACUGUGCUGAUAUAGGAAAGGCUUCCCAUUACUUGUAAAGGAUAAGAGGAAUGUUUUAAAAAUUUUAUUCUAUAAAUAUAUUUUUUCUCAUUGCAAUAAAGAUACUGUUUCAAAUCAUAAAAGGAUAUAUUUUUCCUAAGACUUUUCUCCAUGAGAGAAAAAUAAGGAGGGUGAUUCCUCCUCCUACUCCUCUGUAGCUUCAAUAUGUAUGUAGUGUUAUAUAAGCUCUGUACUAAGUUUUGCACAUAGUGCGUGGGUAUGAAAGCAUUAUUGCUUGCAGCUGAUGCAUAUUUCCUCUUGAAUGUGUACCUUAGACCAAUUAAUUAUUCAAGAAGCUAUACUACUUACUACUGCAGUACCAACAUAGUGUAUAACUGUGAUAGCUGCACAAAAGCUUUUAAAAGUGCAGGUCGCUAAUUUACUUUCUCAUUUAUAAAUUAAUUAAAAACAAUGAAAAACUCUCAUUUAUAAAUUAAAAACAAAAAGGGAAGCAUAUCAAAAUUAAACUGUUGGUGAUAUCUGAAUCUUUCCUGUUUUAUGGUAAUUAAUAGUAAGCCUUACAGGUGACCAUGAUUCUUGUUUGACAAAAGUACUACACAGAGCAAGUGUUAAAAGUUCUGUUCUUUCUCUGGUCUGCCAAUUCACCAUAAAAUGUCUGUACAUACCACUGGACUUUUUUAACAAAAUCAAUACACAGCAUGGCUACAGAAAGAGCAGUAUGCAGUUAUUGCUUUUAUCCACGUGGAUCUUGCAUUUACCUUCACAGUGAUAGGCUUUGUACAAAAAUAAGUAUUUCAGAAUUACUAAUUUUUUCCUUCAUUGCAAGUUGGUACCAAUGACAGUUAAUUUUGAUGAGGUUAACAAUAUUUGUCAAAUUACUUAUUUGCUAUAAUUUGAACUUUUUGGUAAAUCUAAGUGAAUACUUUCUUCAGAAUUUCUUCAAAACAGAGCUUUUCCUAUAACAUUUAUAGCCUGUACUUAAUCUUCACUGUGACUAUAGUUAUGAUUUUCAUUACCCUUUUGCUCAUAGCUAACAACCUUUAAAUAAGGUUCUAGGGUCAUUGGUAACAAUAACAUUAAGGAUUUAUUGAUUUUGUUUCAUUAGUAUUCAUUAAAGUAAGUUGAAAGAAGCUGAUGCAUUUUAAAUAUAUGAAAAUUAUAUGUAAAAAAUGGUGUCUCAAGGUAGCUGUUAAGAUCCUUAUGUGCCAAGGGAGAGCUAUCACAUAAUCUAUUAUAUAGGAGGUAACAGGGUCAAAUAAAGUUUUGAUUAACAGCGUAGUGUGUAAGCAAAAUAUUUUGAGAUGGUGCUGGAAAUUACUAUUCUGUUUUUCUUUUUCUCUUGUUCUAUUUUGUACGGAGGAGAAACAUGAGGCAGUUCCUACUAUUUUGCUGUGUAUUCUCACUCUACGAAAUAUAAACAUUCCAUCAAGGGUCGGUUCAUUCAUUCUUUUCUUCCUUGACCCUAGUCUCGUUCUCAUUCCAUUAUGAAAUACAGUAACUUAUGUGCCUAAUUAUUUUGAUGUAAAGUGUAUUUUUUUUAAAAGGCUUGAGGUGACCACUUAGCACAUGUGGUUUUUUACCUGAUAAAUUGUAAUUUUCCUCAACGCGAGGCUACUGUUUUUGUCAGUAUAGAAAAUGCUGCACAAAGAAACCUAUGCCUGGUGUGCAAGUCCAGUUUAAAAUCAGGAGCUGGUUUCCCUGAUUUUUUACUUAAUUUAUCACGAAAUACAUUCUGAUAGGGUGGUGAUGAUAAGGUGUGCAGAUGUGUAAAUAAUUAAGUCAAUUUAUUUGUGUCUGUUGUAUUUUGUAGAUGUUUUUCUCUUACCCUAAGAGUUGUAUUUUCAGACUUGAAUAAAUUACAGAACUGAAAUGUACCAUGGAAGAUUGUAUUGUGAUGAAAUUGAGAGCGUCUUAAAGAAAACUGAAAUCAAAUUUAUCAUGGAAAUUUGGAAACUUGAAAAUAGAAUAUUAACCUUGUCCUGAUACAUUGUAGAAUCAUUGGGAAUAUGGACACUGUUUUAUUGAUUAAAGGGAACAGCGUAUGUAUUGAAAAUCAAUACGUACUCAAAUUUUAAAAAGCCUAAUUAUUGAAAUAUUAAGUGACUACUAUCCUGCCACACAUCUUCAUCCUAAACUUGUGGCUUAUGUGUAUCUUUUCACUAGCUGAAUUUCCUAUUUGUUUAUGAAGCUGUCAGUUUACGGUCUAUCAGUAUUUGGCUCAUUGUUUGAAAAUUUAAUGAGUGAUAAACUAGAUUUUAAGACAAAUUUUUCUGGUGAACAUAUAAAUAUAAAUAUAUAUAUAGUAUAUAUAUAUAUAUAUCCUCCAAGCCUUCUUCCAUAGUGUUGAAUGUGGACAUGAUUGCCAAUGGUGUGAAUGGGUUUUUUAUAUAUGAAUUAUUUUGACUGUGGUGACAUUGAGUUUUACUUAAGCUGUUGCUAAUUUCAAGCAUGUUAAGUAAAUUCAUCAUUUUUAUAUCCUGGGUAUGAUACUAUAUAUGCUUACAUGUCAUUCCUACAAAAAUGGUGCUCGGAAAAUUAAACCCCUCAAGCUGUCUCUCCUACAUGAUUGUGUACAACAAUAAAGAUUUUGCAAUUUGAAUGAUCGAGAGAAUUUUGAUGUACAGUAAGACAUUUCAUUUAUAACCUGAAUAUAGUAUUUUCCUUGUGAAAAAAACAUUGCACACUAUCAACAAAUGCGCUUGUAAUAUGCUUAGUUAUUAUACCCUCUCGACAAAGCUUGAGGUGCUUACGUCUCAUUUUCCUUUGCUAUUGCUUAAGUCAAAGCCCAGUGUAUGUUUUAUUUUCAUUACAUUGUUACUGUAUGCUGCUUUUGUCAGAAAUCUGUGGAUUCUCCCAUAGUGUGUAUGUGAGGUGAUGGGAAUCUUAAUUUUUUUUUAAUAAAAUGUUUUCAAUUUAAA